AUAAAGUCUCGAUGGAAAGAGUCCAGAUCUCACAGCCGGAUCCACGGAUGAGUUCUGGAGCUUUGAUUCAUGUGUGGCGUUAUCUGGGUAACCUGCCGUUCAGAGUCUGGAAGAAGAUGCUGGAAACUGUCCAACACACUCCGUUGACUCUAGAUCCAAACACAACACAUCGUCGUCUCACACUCUCUGCUGAUCUGACCAGUGUGUCAUACAGUCGUGUAGAUAAAACGCUCCCUGAUAAUCCAGAGAGGUUUGACUAUUAUCCAUGUGUCCUGGGAUCUGAGGGCUUUAACUGUGUUAUUAUGCAGUGUUAA